AAAAUAUUAUCCCACCUUUCUUCUUGGCACCAAAAAAAGUUCACAAUUUAAAACACAGAAAAAACCCAGCAUGGGCUCAUGUAGUAGACUCAUAUUUGCAGCAUUUAGCCUAUGUCUAGUGGUGAUAGCCACGGCGGAGGACCCGUACCUCUUCUUCGAAUGGAACGUUACCUACGGCCCAAUCUCGCCUCUCGGCACCGAACAACAAGGCAUUUUGAUCAAUGGCGAUUUUCCGGGCCCCGAGAUCAACUGCACCUCCAACAACAACAUCGUCGUCAACGUCUUCAACAAGCUCGACGAGCCUUUUCUCCUCACUUGGGCCGGCAUUCAACACCGCAAGAACUCGUGGCAGGAUGGCACUCCGGGCACCAUGUGCCCGAUCCCCCCCGGGCAGAACUACACCUACAAGUUCCAAGUGAAGGACCAGAUCGGCAGCUACAUUUACUUCCCCACGACAUCCCUCCAGCGUGCGUCGGGUGGCAUGGGCAUGCUUAAGGUCCACAGCCGCGAGCUCAUCCCGGUCCCAUUUGAUAAACCGGCAAUGGAAGUGGCUGUUCUCCUCGGCGACUGGUACAACAAGGACCACAAGACCCUUCAGCGCAUUCUUGACUCGGGGCGAUCCAUUGGCAAACCCGAUGGCAUUCAGAUCAACGGGAUGUCGGGCAGAGUGGGAGAUCCCGGGGACCCGCUCAUCAACAUGGUGGCGGACAAGACGUACCGGCUGAGAGUGUGCAAUGUUGGGAUGAGAUUAUCCAUCAACUUCAGAUUCCAAGGGCACAUGAUGAAGCUAGUGGAGAUGGAAGGAUCGCACACGGUCCAGAGCACGUACGAAUCAAUGGAUAUCCACGUCGGGCAAUGCAUGUCCGUUUUGGUAACUGCCAACCAAAUCCCCAAGGACUACUACUUGGUCGCAUCCAGCCGCUUCUCCAAGCAGACCCUCACCUCUGUUGCCGCAAUCCGCUACGCCACCGGAAAAGGCUUUGCCUCGCCGGACCUCCCGCCUCCCCCGCCAGAGAACAACAACGCCGUUCCCUGGUCCAUCAACCAGUUCCGUUCCUUCAAGUGGAACCUCACCGCCAGCGCUGCCCGCCCCAACCCACAAGGCUCGUACCACUACGGCAAGAUCAACAUCACCCGCACCAUCAGGCUGGCAAACUCCCGCCAUGUGGUGGACAAGAAGCUCCGCUUCGCCAUCAACGGGGUCUCCCACGUGGAUCCAGAGACUCCGCUGAAGCUGGCCGAGUACUACGGGAUGGCGGACAGGGUGUUCAAAUACGACCUGGUGAAGGACGAGCCGCCCACAGAGGCCAAUGCCCCCGAGGUGGUGGUGGCCCCGAGCGUCAAGAACGGGACCUUCAGGAACUUCGUGGAGAUCAUCUUCGAGAACGAGGAGAAUAGCGUCCAGACGUGGCACUUGGACGGAUACUCGUUCUUCGCGGUGGCAAUCGAGCAGGGGAAGUGGAGCCCGGAAAAGAGGAGCAGCUACAAUCUGGAGGAUGCGGUGAGCAGGCACACGGUGCAGGUGUACCCCAACUCGUGGGCGGCGGUGAUGCUCACGCUCGACAAUGCCGGAAUGUGGAACCUGAGAUCGACUAUGAGGGAGAGGGCGUACCUCGGCCAGCAGCUCUACUUUAGCAUCGUCUCACCGGAGCACUCGUUGAGGGAUGAAUACAAUCUCCCGCUCACUCAACAACUCUGCGGCAUUGUCAAGGAUAAGCCCAACCUUGCUCUCUACACCUGAUCAAUCAUACCUUAUGUUUUCCAAUUUCUUUCUUCUUUAGAUUUCAACUAACACCAUAGCAUAGCUGUACACUACUUACACAGGAUAUACAAUUUUUUCACAUUUACUUGCAUAUACUCCAAUCUUUGAAAUACUAUAACAUAC